ACCCCACGCCCACCCAGGGAGCGGCGCGGCGCUUCCGCUUCCUCGCCGGGGCCGCCAUGGCGCCGCUGCCCAGCCUCCUCCUGCUGCUGCUGCUGCCCGGCCCCGCCGCGGGGCUGCAGGCGCUGGGCGAGGCGGCCGAGCUGGCGGCCGAGCUGCGGGCCGGGCUGGAGCUGGAGCUGCCCGGGCUGGAGCUGCCGGAGCUGCCCGAGAUGGAGCCGCCCGAGCUGGAGCCCGAGUGCCGCCGGCUGCUGUCCGCCUUCGCGGAGGGCAGCGCGGCGCUCUCGGGGUGCCUGGCCCGCCGAGCCCGCCCCGUGCGGCUGUGCCAGGCGUGCCGCGGGCACUACCGCAGCCUGCUGGGCCGCUACCGCGACAUCGCCCGCGCCCUCGGGAAUUCUUCAGAGAGCCACAACUGUGCCAAAAGCAUCUUGACUUCAGACAGGUUGCAGAUAGUUGUGACCCUUUCAGAGUUCUUUAACGAAACAUGGGAGACAGCCAACUGUGCAAAUUGUUUAAAGAACAACAGUGAGGGAUUAUCAAAUUCUACUGUAGAGUUCCUGGAUUUAUUCAAUAAGUCCCUGACAUGUUUUGAACAUAACCUUCAGGGACAAGCCAUCGACGUGUCACCAAGUAACUACUCCGAAGUAUGUAAGAACUGCAACGGAACCUACAAGAUGUUGAAUGACCUCUAUAACAACUUGCAGAAGCUGAACAGACACGGCAGUGAGUCUGGGCACUCCGCACACUUGUGUAUCGAUGUGGAAGAUGCGAUGAACAUCACUCGGAAGCUUUGGAGCCGGACUUUCAACUGCUCCGUUCCCUGCAGUGACACGGUCCCGGUGAUUGCCGUUUCAUCCUUCAUCCUCUUCCUACCUGUUGUUUUUUACCUUAGUAGCUUCCUUCACUCGAAGCAGAAGAAACGAAUACUCAUUCUGCCCAAGCGUAUCCAGUCAAAUGCCAGUCUUGUGAACAUCCAAGAAAAAUACAGCUGAGCUGCAAAACAAAACCUGAGAACUGCUGCUGGUAUACAGUGGGUACAAUUGUGUUGGAAUGAGGCCGGCACAAAAGAGGAGUUAAUUAUGGUUUAG